UUGGUGAAUCGGCGUGGACAAUGUGAAUGGCAAUUUGUAUUGUUCGACGUCUUCCCAAGUCAGUAGCAACUUUGUGGUUUCCAACUCCGAGAAAGUCAUUUAAUAGUUUUCCUUAACGGUUUUGAAUUUGAAACUUGUGUCGGAGGUUAUACCAGCACAUGAAGAGGAUUUAGAAAAGGAAUACAUUGGUUAACAUUGCGUCGAACGAAGCUAGCUAACUUUUGAGCCCACAGACCAGCGUUGGUGUGUGACAGGAGACUCCGCUCUCCACCUGGGCUGGAGAUGGGGGAUCCUGAGCCUCCUGAGUUUGGGUCCCUGGAGGAAGAGCUGGAGUAUUGGAAGGAACAGGCUGCCAAGCACCAACAGAGUGCAGAGGAAGCCCAGGAGGAACUGCUGGAGUUUCAGCAGAUGAGUCGGGACUAUGAGGUGGAGCUGGAGCUGGAGCUCAAACAGUGUGAGGCACGAAACCGUGAGCUUCUUUUAUCCAACAACCACCUCCGCAUGGAGCUGGAAAACUACAAGGAGAAGUAUGAGACGCAGCACUCUGAGGCCUACCGGCAGAUCUCCAGCCUGGAGGGAGACCUGGCUGAGACCACCGCCGUCAGAGACCAGCUUCACAAAUACAUCAGAGAGCUGGAGCAGGCCAACGACGACCUGGAGAGGACCAAGAGGGCCACCAUCAUGUCGCUGGAGGACUUUGAGCAGAGGAUGAACCACGUUAUAGAGAGGAACGCCUUCCUGGAGAGCGAGCUGGACGAGAAGGAGAAUCUCCUGGAGUCCGUCCAGAGGCUGAAGGACGAGGCCAGAGACCUGAGACAGGAGCUUGCGGUGCAGCAGAAACAGCAGGUACAGGACAGGAAGCCCACCCUCAGCAGUGCAAUCAAAGACCCUUCCUCCUCCGCCUCGGCUGGUCUGCCCACCCCGCCCCUCACCCCUCCAGACAAACGAACCGAAGACAGAACCACGUAUUCGUCCUCUAACCAGCCCGUCCCCUCUGCCACCCCUCCACCCAGACCUGCAGAGUCCUUCACCACCCCGCAGCCCUCCGUCAGCAGAGGUGAAAGCCUCUCGGGGACUCCUCUCACCACGUCGGCGAGAAUCUCGGCUCUGAACAUCGUCGGAGAGCUGCUGAGAAAAGUCGGGAACCUGGAGUCCAAGCUGGCGUCGUGUCGGGAAUACGUCAACGGGCAGACAGCGAGCCGCAGAGCCCACGCCGGGGGCCAGGGGCCGACGUCGGGCCACAACAGCUCCACAGAGACCCAUCCUACCAACGGCCUCUACAGCAAGGGGCUGGUGAAGAGGUUGGAGUUCGGAGCGGGAGCCAAGCUGCUGCUGUGAAACACCUCCUCCGCCUCCUCCCCCACCUCCCGCCUCACUCCUCCCGUCCGUCCAGCCGCUGUUUAACGGUACUGUGUGUGUUGCACAUGGGACAAACGCGACCACUCUCACUGGGAGCUGCAGUGAUGGUUGCCAUGGCCACUCUGGGAUGUCUGUUACCAUCUCGAGUCCACACAGUCCCAACACUCUGUUUAUUAGCAGGACUUCACACUUAGCUCAAACUAACUGGACUUGUUUAGCAUGUCACCACCUUUGUUGUCUUUCUUUUUUUUUUGGGUGUGUAAAGACUGAACAAAUAGUGAAUUUUAGAGGCAGCACGAUUGCAUGUGGAGUCAAUAAAGAAAAGACUCUAACAGAUGGAUUAUUACUGUAAGUUUUGACAGAGCCUUGACAUAAUAUCUGGGGAUAAUGUCAGUUAGUUCCAGUAAAAUCCAGACUUUGUUAAUCCCUGCUGGAAACACAGAUUUGGCGCAGGGUGGUAAAACAUCUGUACGGUCAUAUUUAUCUGCUAAAACACUUCGGUGGUAAACCUGCACAAUUUAACCAAAGUGAGAAUUUGCUUUGUUUAGUUUGAACACUUCUAUCUCCACCAGAAGACAGGGAGGCAGUUUUAAACUAAUUAAUAACUUUUAACCUGCAACACAGUCCUUUCUUUUUGUCCUCAUAAAACCACAUUAGCUGAUCUGCUUUUAUACAGUAUGCAUCCAAAGCUGGAUUUGAGUGCUGGCACAAAUAGAAGAAAGUGCCUAUAAUAGAAUGGAAAUAAUGAUUCAAACACACAUAUUUGAUCUAUAUCGUUUUAUAUUACAGAAUACAGACUGCAGAAUAACAUUAGCUUGAUAGCUGUGUCACCACUCAUCAGGACUCCUGUUCAUCAAGGUAUCAAACCCCCCCCCCCCCCCCCCCCUCUGCAAGCCUGGAGCUUUUAGUGACCUGUGCUUUUUAUCAUUAUGACACAGUCUGUAGGAACAGUCAAGUAACUUAUUAAAAGCAUAUUUCUUUGCGGAAAAAAAAAAAUGUUUUUGAAUGAAGAUCUUGCAAAAUGUUGCCAACAUAUUGUAGCCAUCAGUGGUACUACAUCUUAAAGCUGCCUUAAUUAAUAUGUUAAUUAUGUUUAUUAUGUUUGUCUCUUAUAGUAAUGAAAAUAUUUAUCACUGUCAAUAUCUUUGUGGCUCCAUGUACCCAUUAGGCUUAUUUAACUCUGACUAGUUCUGGUUGGACCGCUUAUUCAGCUUUCUGAAUUUUUACUCGGAAUCAGGAAAUUUAGUUUGCCCCCCCCCCCAUAACAGAUUUGUGGUGAGGAUCUGAUACUUACUAUCAUACUUACUAUCAUACUAAAUGACACAGCUGCCCUGCACAAACUCACAGCUACAACC